UUAAUCCUUAUCGACUUUCUCUCUCCAUCUCUCUCGCGCCCUCGCCCUCUCCGACGCCGCCUGAUUCCUCAGCCUCCGGCGGCGCUACUCUUCUUCGUUAAGCGCUCACUUUCCUUGUCGAACCAAAACCUUCGACGGGUAUUGACCCAGCGGAAAGGUGGCCAACACCAACGAACACCCCGCGGCCCGCAGAAACCUUUAGAGACUUACCAGUGGGUGACAUGCUUUUGUCGAAGUGUGUAUUUUGGAUUCUUGAUAUCGAGAUUUGAAAAGGUGGGGGCGUUUCAUGAAGUGACGGUCGUUCAGUCUAACAAUCUGCAGAGAUCGUUACUAUUUCAUCGUGGAUCGUCGCUCGAGUGUUUGCAGUAUUGUAGUCUUGAAUUUGCAGUAGCAAACGCAAUGAGCAGCAACGUGGAGAGGCCGCAGAAAUCUAGACCUCCCGAAAUUAUUAAGUUGAAUGAUGCAGCGAAAUUGGCAGCGCAGUUGAUGAGCAAGAUGACUAAAACCGAGUGGAAAGAAACUGCGAAUGAUAAUGAGUCAACUAUGUUCGAACCCGGGAAACGACCUCCUAGACUUGGACUUGGAGCCAAAAUAACACACAAUAUUAGAAAUGGACCGUCCAAUGACCCACUUGAUAGAAAACUAUAUGCCAAGUUGGAUGCUGUGAAAAAGCAAGCUGCUAGAAAGGUGUCGGAGGAUACUCCCGUCCUUGACAAUGAAGAAGAUGACGACGAUGACGAUGACAAAGAGAGUAGAACUGCCAUUUUCGAUAAGAAGCGAGCGGCAACUCGAGUAUCUAUGACUCCUUUACGGGCGAAGAAAAAACGAAGGUAACUACUUUUGUAGGCAGGGAAAAUCGUCUAACUAAAGAAAUGAACAUCUUACUAGGGUCUCAAGCAAGAGGUUACUAAUUUUUGUAAGAUUCAACCUUGAAUGAAACUUUGUGAUAAAUCUUAGUUAUGGAUGUCUUUUU